UUUAAUCGUUCCCAAUUGAUAAGGAGGCCGCGAUCGAUCCGUGCUAAAUCAGUCGCAGGUUCGAAAGCGAAUCGGGAAGGUGUAUCGGCGAUCUCGAGGACCCGGGAGAGAAAUGGCCACUCACGUGCCCGACGCAGAAGCCGUGAGGAUCGACGCGCUCACCAAAUUCAAGGAGACCUUCGGCCAGGAGGCCACCGUCUGCGUCUGCGCCCCUGGACGCGUCAAUCUCAUUGGCGAACAUACCGACUACAAUGACGGCUUCGUACUUCCGAUGGCCCUGCCCAUGGUGACCGUCGUCGCCGGGAGCACGAGCUACAAGCACGACUGCGUCGUCGUCUCCUUCGCCGAGGGCAUCGCCGACGAGGAGAGGCGCGUCGAGUUCAGCUGCGAGAACCGAUUCCUCGUCAAGCCCGGGGAGCCCAAGUGGGCGAACUACGUGAAGGGAUGCGUCGCCAAUUUCUCAUGUAGCCUGCGCGGUUUCAAGGCCGUUAUCGUGUCCACGGUGCCGAUGGGCUCGGGCCUCAGCAGCUCGGCCGCCCUCGAGGUCGCGUCUUACACCUUCCUCGAGGCGUUGACGCGCUGCUUCACCACGCCGGUCGAGAAGGCUCAGAUCUGUCAGCGAGUGGAGCACAAGUUCGCCGGCGUGCCUUGCGGCAUCAUGGACCAAUUCAUCUCGGUCAUGGGAGUGGAGAACAACGCCCUGCUGCUCGACUGCCGGGAUCUGACCACUCAGCUGAUCCGCAUCGGGAACAUGGACGACUAUGUCUUCCUCGUGACGAAUUCCAACACGCCGCACAAGUUGAGCGCCAGCGCCUACCAGGACCGAAGGCAGAGCUGCAUCCAGGCCGCCAAGAUGAUGGGCAAGGCCAGCCUCCGGGACGCGCUCUUGGCGGACCUCGAAGUUCUAGUGAAAUUCGAGGCCUCGGAGACGGUCAUAAAGCGAGCGCGUCACGUCAUCACCGAGAUAACGAGGACCCUGGAGGCUGCGGACGCGCUCAAGAGAGGAGACCUGAUCGCCUUCGGGCAGCUCAUGAACAGGAGCCACGAGUCGCUGAGGGACGACUACGAGGUCUCGUCUCCGGAGCUGGACUCGCUGGUCUCCAUAGCCAGAGAGGUCCAGGGCGUUGCGGGCAGCCGACUUACCGGCGCCGGAUUCGGAGGGUGCACGGUCACCCUCCUGAAGAAGAGUGCCGUCAAGCCGGUCAUCGACCGCAUAAACCUCAAGUAUCAAGGAGAAGCCUCGUUCUACAUAGCUAAGCCGUCCGACGGUGCCAGAGAAAUGGGCGUUGACCUCGACAAGUGCUAAGCGAUUCGCCGACCCGUCUUCCGUGCCAACGAUUCCGAACGGGAUCAAGGUCGGAUUCCUACGAUUCCAACGAUUCCUACAAUUCCGAGGGUGCUACGGGGGAGGACUACCUUGGAACUCGCCGAUGGAAUCGGCGAUGGCCGCCGUGAUUAGCGAGCCACGGAUUCCUAGGAUCUCGAUGGCGAGGCUCGUUCGUUUAAGAUUUUUCGCGCCGAUUCGUUACGUUUAAUUCCCGGUUACUCGUACAAUUGUUCUUCGAGGAAGAGACUCCGUACACUUGGGAACGAGAUAACCGUCGCGGGCCGAGCACGUACUCGUUGAUUAAAUUCCAAGUGGUCGAUGGUUUCAGGGUAACGAAAACGCUUGGCAGGUAUAUUCGUCGAUAGGUGCAUUAUCAAAGUCUUAAAAUGUAUCGCUAUUUUGUACAAUAUGCUUAGGGUUAUCCGUACAUACAUAUAUACAAGGUGACCCGUCGAUUCGUUUUUUGCCGUCUUCUAACGGCAUUAAAUCUGCUUUGACUUCCGGGGAAGGAAGCAAUACUGUCCGGUAUCGGAACCGAGGGUGGGGUCGAAGGAGCCUCUCGUCGGUUCGGUUCCGGGCUUAGUGUCUACUAACGGCGAUGUUUGUAACGCUCGAAAAUUCUGCGAGAGAAAUAAAGAUCGUUAACCCGGG